AUGGUGGUGGAAGUAGUGUUGGUAGUGCGCGGUGGUGGUGAUGGUGGUUUGGUUGUGCCUGGUGAUGGUAAUGGUAAUUAUGGUGAGUGCGUGCUGGUGGUGAUGGUUAUGAUGGUAGUGGAUGGUGGUGGAAGUAGUUUUGGUAGUGCGUGGUGUGAUCGCGUGUUGGUUGUAUGUGGUGAUGGUGGUGGUAUUAUUAUGGUAGUGUAUGGUAGUGAUGGUAGUGGUGGUAGUGUUGGUAGUGCGCUAGUGGUGAUGAUGUCGACAGUGCUUAAUGGUGAUGAUAGUUGCGGCGCCUUGAUAUGGUGGUCACUUCCACUUCCACAAGUCACGUUUCAUAUUUACUUUCGAGAAUCAGCUGUAUUAGAACUAUCAGAAUAA